UUCGGCGCGCCCAGCAUAAGCCCCCAUUUCCGCCCCCCUACCCGAAACCUAGCACCGCCCUUACUCCAACCCCAGCCCCGUCGAAACUCUCUGCCCCACAUUUUCACCGCCGACUGCCCCCCCGCUGCCGCUGUAGUCCAUUCCGUCUUCGCAACAGGCUUAAAGAACUAUGGAUGAUAGUUUGUAUGAUGAGUUUGGCAACUACAUUGGACCUGAGAUUGAAUCCGAUCAAGAGAGUGACAGGGAGGAGGAAGAUGAGGAACUCCCUGAAAGGGCUGAGGAUGAGCAGCCUGUGUCUGAUGAUGAACAUGGGCCUGGAAAACCAAAUGGGUGGCUAACCACUACUGAGGAUGUUGAUAUGGAUGGCCAAAUUGUCCUAGCGGAGGAUAAAAAAUACUACCCAACCGCAGAAGAGGUUUACGGUGAAGAAGUCGAAACUUUAGUUAUGGAUGAAGACGAGCAGCCACUUGAACAACCUAUUAUUAAGCCUGUAAAAAAUCUUAAGUUCGAGUUGGGGGUUAAGGAUUCAUCAACGUAUGUGUCAACACAGUUCCUUUUGGGUCUUAUGUCAAACCCUGCGUUGGUCAGGAAUGUUGCUUUGGUUGGCCACUUGCACCAUGGGAAGACGACGUUCAUGGACAUGUUGGUUGAACAGACUCAUCAUAUCUCAACCUUUGAUCAAAACAGCGAGAAACAUAUGAGGUACACGGAUACGAGGAUAGAUGAGCAGGAGAGAAGAAUAUCCAUUAAGGCAGUUCCCAUGUCACUUGUUCUUGAGGAUAGCAAUUCAAAAUCAUACCUUUGCAACAUCAUGGAUACGCCUGGUCAUGUUAACUUUUCUGAUGAGAUGACUGCUGCCCUCAGACUCGCUGAUGGUGCGGUGUUGAUUGUAGAUGCUGCAGAAGGAGUGAUGGUAAACACGGAGAGGGCAAUACGCCAUGCUAUCCAGGAGCGGAUACCCAUAGUAGUUGUGAUAAAUAAGGUCGACAGAUUGAUAACUGAGCUGAAGUUGCCUCCAAAGGAUGCCUACCAUAAGCUUAGGCACACAAUUGAGGUCAUCAACAACCACAUAACUGCUGCAUCUUCAACUGCUGGUAAUGUUCAAGUUGUUGACCCUGCUGUUGGAAAUGUUUGUUUUGCAAGUGCCAGUGCAGGAUGGUCAUUCACCUUGCAGUCGUUUGCUAAGCUAUAUGUUAAGCUCCAUGGUAUUCCGUUUGAUGCUAAUAAGUUUGCUUCUCGCCUUUGGGGUGAUUAUUACUUCGAUCCUGAUACCAGAAGUUUCAAGAAGAAACAACCUGCUAGUGGUGCGGAACGGUCCUUUGUCCAAUUUGUGCUAGAACCCCUUUAUAAAAUAUAUAGCCAAGUGAUUGGAGAACAUAAGAAGAGUGUGGAGGCUACACUUGCUGAACUUGGUGUGACCUUGAGUAAUGCGGCUUAUCGAUUGAAUGUUAGGCCUCUGUUAAGAUUGGCAUGCAGCUCAGUUUUUGGUAGUGCCACCGGCUUUACAGAUAUGUUGGUUCAACACAUUCCAUCUGCUAAAGAUGCUGCACCUCGAAAAGUUGAGCACAUUUACACUGGGCCAAAGGAUUCCACAAUCUACCAAGCCAUGGAGGAUUGUGAUGCAUCAGGUCCUCUAAUGGUUAACGUAACAAAACUGUAUCCUAAAUCUGAUUGCAGUGUUUUUGAUGCCUUCGGUAGGGUCUACAGUGGGGAAAUUAUGACGGGGCAGACUGUGCGUGUGUUGGGAGAAGGCUAUUCUCCAGAUGAUGAAGAGGACAUGACAGUGAAAGAAGUGACAAAAUUAUGGGUCUAUCAAGCUCGUUAUAGGAUUCCUAUUAGCAAGGCCCCUCCUGGUUCUUGGGUUCUUAUUGAAGGUGUGGAUGCUUCUAUUAUGAAGACUGCCACACUCUGCAACUUGGAAUAUGAUGAUGAUGUGUACAUAUUCAGGCCCCUUCAGUUCAACACGCUUCCUGUGGUGAAAACUGCUACUGAGCCUUUGAAUCCCAGUGAGUUGCCAAAAAUGGUGGAGGGCCUUAGGAAGAUCAGCAAGAGCUAUCCACUAGCAAUUACGAAGGUCGAAGAAUCUGGGGAACAUACUAUUUUAGGUACUGGAGAAUUAUACCUGGAUUCUAUAAUGAAGGACCUCAGAGAGCUUUAUUCGGAAGUAGAAGUCAAGGUGGCAGAUCCUGUUGUCUCAUUCUGUGAAACAGUUGUGGAAUCCUCUUCGAUGAAAUGUUUUGCUGAAACUCCAAACAAGAAAAAUAAAAUUACCAUGAUUGCGGAGCCACUGGAAAGAGGACUUGCUGAGGACAUUGAGAAUGGUGUUGUAAGCAUUGACUGGCCACGGAAGAAGCUUGGUGACUUCUUCCAGACAAAGUAUGAUUGGGAUCUGCUUGCUGCUCGGUCUAUUUGGGCAUUUGGUCCUGACAAGCAGGGGCCUAAUAUCUUAUUAGAUGAUACACUGUCGAGUGAGGUCGAUAAGAGUUUGCUUAAUGCAGUCAAAGAUUCUAUUGUUCAAGGUUUUCAAUGGGGGGCUCGAGAAGGCCCCCUCUGUGACGAGCCUAUCAGAAAUGUGAAAUUCAAAAUAGUUGAUGCCAAAAUUGCCCCUGAGCCAUUGAAUCGUGGAACUGGUCAGAUUAUUCCAACUGCUCGACGAGUCGCCUAUUCAGCUUUCCUUAUGGCCACUCCUAGGCUGAUGGAACCUGUAUACUAUGUGGAGAUACAAACUCCAAUUGAUUGUGUUUCCGCAAUAUAUACGGUAUUAUCACGUCGACGUGGUCAUGUCACUGCAGAUGUUCCACAACCAGGAACCCCAGCCUACAUUGUUAAGGCAUUUCUGCCCGUGAUAGAGUCAUUUGGUUUUGAAACAGACCUGAGGUAUCAUACUCAGGGGCAGGCAUUUUGCUUAUCAGUAUUUGAUCACUGGGCUAUCGUCCCCGGAGAUCCACUUGAUAAAAGUAUAGUUUUACGCCCAUUAGAGCCAGCUCCGAUCCAGCAUUUGGCCCGUGAAUUUAUGGUGAAGACGAGGCGUCGUAAGGGAAUGUCGGAAGAUGUAAGCAUUAAUAAAUUCUUCGAUGAGGCGAUGGUUGUUGAACUAGCUCAGCAGGCUGCCGAUCUUCAUCAACAGAUGAUGUGAAAAAGCUGAUUCAUGCAAUUCCCAAUUGGUGAGGACGUUUUCGGAUCUUCAGGAACAGGUAGACCUGUAACAUGCACCCUUCAAAUUGUUGUUUGAGAACUUGUUAUGGCUCAGAGGAGGUAAAUGUUCCUAGAGAGGGCGGACUAAAACCAUGAUGCGCUGUGACAUAAGAAGCAGGUUAAUUUCUAUUGUAACUUGAAGUUUCUGUCAAAGUUAUACUCAACAAGCCUCGUUCAUGCAGCUACAGUUAAAUGAGAGUCCGAAGCUUUGGUGUAUGUAUAAUGGUAAAUUCUAUUUUGCAUGUGUUAUACGUCCCCACUUACCAACAUAUAGCUGAAUCUUUGUCUCAUAGUUUUCUGUUUUUCUUUUUCAUGUAGAGUGAAAAACAAACACUACGUUGGGAGUGUUGAUGUGGGAUGAUUGUGAUUCUGCAUUUGGUA